UGAAGUACGCAGAAGGCACUGAAAAGAGUCAAGAUGGAAUAGUUGAAGGCGACAGUCAUGAAAAAGACAGAUGUCCUUCGAGCAUGGAAAUUAACACCAAAGAUGAUUCUGAGUCAGAAACAACUGGUUCUGAUAAACACAAGAUCGCUGAAGAAAUGAUGUCAAGACAUUCAAAUUGUUGCGCAGGCCCUCCUGGUUUUCAGACAGACCUUCUUAGGUCAAAUGUGACCGAUUUUUCUCGACAUCGGACGAUCCUACAUACAGAUGUCCAAGCAGCAAGUAUGUCAAGACCUUCUUACCCUCGAGACAUUCAACGCGGGCUUUUCGAUUCGAACGAAAUCCAGCUUUCGAUGCCAAUUAUUUACCCUAAAACAGCGCCAUAUUUGCAAAUAGAUUUAAAUCAAUAUAAUCAAUCAUCAAGUGUUCAAAUGCGUUCGGAGCCGUUCUACGUACAAGAUUCAAUAUCAAACGAGCAGCAGUAUUGGGAACCUCCCGAUCGGCAGACAGGGCGCUUGCUGUCAGGAGUUCAAGAACAGUCUGUGCAAGAACAAGACCAACUCAUAUCAAUGAACGAUUUCAAUCAACAACGGAACAUGCGAGGAGUACAACCAGAAUAUUAUGAUGCUGAAGAAGAUCUUCUUAAAUCAAAUAAGAAAGAAAAAGAAGAAGAAACGGUAACAUCAGAGCACAUAAAAGAUGGAAACGGCAAACAAUCGGAGAAGCGUGUCGAAUUCAGUGAAGACGUGAAGAUUGACAAAGCUGAUGAUUCUUUCAAAGACCUGAAGGAUUUUAUCAAACAAAAUGUAAAACAGGAAAUAUGGUCCAAACGGUCAGAUAUCAACCGUUUGUAUGAUGCAGUAAUUGUGCAUGACAAGAAUGAUUAUGAUUAUGCUAUUGAUAUGAAAGAUGAAAUAAAAGCUAUAGUCCUCAAAGAGCUAAACGAAGAUUUACAUAUUGAAUUAUUUGGCGACGAAAAGUUCAUGCAGUCUCAAGUUCAAGUUGUGCAAGCUGUUCUGAAAAAUGCAAGUGUCGUUUUGGUCUAUCUUUCUAAGAAUACGGAACAAUCUGGACGGGUUCAGUUUUUCAUCGAAGAAGCAAUCGCAUUGACUAGGAUUGGUCCGGUUGACAAGGACUUUCUAGUCUCGGACUGUGAAUUCAGUGUACGGCCAGUCCACUCUCAGCCUUCAAACAAACGUAAUUAUCGGACACCUCCCGGACUGGCCAGUGUCAGCGGAAUCGACUGGUUUGACAAGUCCAAAUACACGUACGAUAGAAUCGUUGCAAUCAUGAAAAACGCCAUUCGGAGAAGAAAACUUGUAGAGAACCCGCGGCAAGUACAAUACAAGUUAAGACAAAAGAUGGUACGAACACGUUUAUUGCCCCAGCAGCAAUUGCACAGAAGGGACGCUCCUCAACAUGCGUGGGUUGUUGGUACAAGUGCUUUUACGACGUCAGGGCCACGAUGCACUACGCAGGCUACCACUGAACCUUUGUAUAGAGGAAUCAAUGACCCUACCCAGCAUGGCUUCAACAUCAGUGAUGCUAAAAGCAUGCUGAGACGAAUGAGCAUUGAACCUAACCAAGGUUCCGCGUCGUCCUCUUACACAAAAGGCGUUCAUCAUUUUCUUAAAACGGGUGAAGAAUUUUCGCAACCCGAGUACGUGUAUGCAAACGUUAAUCCAUCGUUCACACCUUAUAGCGAACCAGUCGCACCUUUCGGUGUUCAACAAAAUAUUUCGCGACCGACUAGGGCUUUGGGUCUGGAUCUUGGUUAUCGACCUGCAGAGGCACCUGAAUAUCGUGGUUACCAUAGAAUAGGACAGUUUUCAAGGAUCGGAGAGCAGAGUCGUUUUCUCAGACACAAUCAGAUGCCUUUGAACGAGGAGCCGCGAUACAGACGGGAGGGCGGUGACGAAAACCAUGUCAUGGGGCUUGUGAACGACGGGCAAAGGACACACACAAGUCGUACAAACAUCCGUUCUGCAGACGGGUAUGAUGCCACUCACCAACCACGGCCAAGGCAUACGGCAAUGCAGCAGGCGCCGGGUGCAUUGCGACAAAGACAGACAGAAUAUACACCCAGACAUAUGCAGCACAAAACGCGGCAGCAGCAAGAACAUCCAAGAGGUCAGAUGGAUUAUGGCAGAGGGAUUACAACUUCUGAGAUGUUGAUUUCUAAUCUGACAACGAACGACGUGGAAAUCGAUAAUCCUACAAGUACACAAGGAUGCAGACGGUUAUACGACCAGGGUCCUGCCGAUAAUGUUUACACACAAGAGACUGACAGCAGUGAAGAAGAGUUGUGGGAUCCACUUGGAAAUCUACCAGGAUCUAAUGGCGGGCGGGUAGUAAACAUUGUUGGAAGCCAGGUCCUGCAAAGCGGUAAUCAAAACAGCGACACUAACGUCUUAAACAUUGUUCAGAAAGACAGGAUACAAACAAAUGACAAGAAAGCUCAAGACAAAGACAACGAAAGUCAUGAGAACAAGAACAAGAACACAGAAAGCGAUAGUAAACCGGAUAUCAAAUGCAAAAACAUCAAGCAUCCUAGCAAUGCGGAGAGUCUGUCACAGAAAUUGGGAAACGAAACAAAACAAUCAAACGUGGCAAAGGACGGCAACGAUUUAAGUGAUUCUGUGAAUCUUGUAUGCAAACAUAACGACAACAAGAAGACGAUGUUGUUGAACAACCAGCAAAAGAUGUAG